AUGUCGCGCCUGAGCGAGCUGACUGCCCUCAUCCAGCGUGAGACGGCCAAGAUCGAGCAAUAUCUCGCCGCCAAUGGCCUGCCUGCGCUGUCGUUCGAUCCGCAUGCGCCGCUCGACUUCCCUGUGCCUGCGAGCAACACCGAGAUCCAGCAGGCCCGCCGCGCCGUCAUCAAUGCGACGCAGGAGCUGCAUGACUUGAUGGUUGGGCCGAGCGAAAGCAUGCGCUGGCUUGCGUGGAGCUACAACGACAACCUCAGCCUCCAGGCUGUAUACAACUUCGGCAUCCCCCAGGCCGUGCCCCUGGACCGCGACAUUUCCUUCGAUGACCUCGCCACCGCCGUCAAUGUCGAUGUCGUCAACGUCAAGCGCAUUGUGCGCCAUGCCAUCACGAACCGCGUCUUUUGCGAGCCGCGCCCUGGCUACGUCGCCCACACCGCCGCCUCCAUGGCCCUGCUCGACCCGACCAUGAACGACUGGGUCGGCCUGUGCAGCUCUGACUUCUUCCCUGCAGCUGCGCGCACGGUCGACGCCAUGCAGAAGUGGCCGGCUUCACAGGAGCCCACUCAGUGCGGCUUCUCCGUCGCCUGGGACAUCGACGUGCCCAUGUUCGUCGAGAUUGGCCGCAAUCCGGCGCGCGCGAAGCGCUUUGGGCGCGCCAUGCAUUCGCUCACCGGCGGUGAGGGCUACGAGGUCGACUACCUCGUCAACGGCUACCCGUGGGACGCCCUCGGCAAGGCGACCGUCGUCGAUGUUGGCGGGUCGCACGGUUUCGUGCCCGUCGCGCUCGCCAAGCGCUUCCCCGAUCUCCGUUUUGUCGUGCAGGAUCUCCCCAAGACCGUAGCCGACGGCCCCGCCCAUAUUCCCCCCGAGUUCGCGGACCGCAUCGAGUUCCAGGCCCACGACUUCUUCACCGAACAGCCUGUGGCUGGCGCCGACGUCUACUUUUUCCGCUGGAUCUUCCACAAUUGGUCGGACAAAUACUGCGAGAAAAUGCUUAAAUGCCUGAUCCCUGCUCUCAAGCCGGGGGCGCGCAUCCUCGUCAACGAAAACAUCCUGCCAAAACCUGGGACCGAAAACCCCUGGGACGAGAAGAUCAUCAGAUCCAUGGACAUGACUAUGCUGCAGCUGCUCAACGCCCGUGAGCGCGCCGAGGACGAUUAUGCCGACCUCUUCCAAAGGACCGACCCGCGCUUCAAGUUCGUGGGCAUCAAGCGUCCAGAAGGCAGCCGCACUUGCACCAUCGAAGCUAUUUGGCUUCCUGACUCUGACACCACCCAGAAUGGAAAUGUUGCUGCUCUCAGCGCGCCCCCCGUUCAAGGCGAGAAACGGGACUACGACGCGUUCCACUCACCCGCACCAACCGAGAACAACGGUACUACUGUCAAUGGCAAGCAUGACCAUACCGCAGCUGACACUCCGAUGGAGACGUCUUUUCCCAGUAAUGAUAUUAUCGGAAAUGAGCAUGCUACAGCCAUCGACCCGCCGAACAAGGCAGUCGAAAGUGCUGCGGGUCCCGCGGAUAAAGCGUAA